CUCUGUUUACCAUUUUCAGCUGUUUUUGAAAAAAGUUGUUGUCAUGUUUUCUUUCUGUACGGUGUUUUGCAGUUGCUACCUUUGGUUUCAAUUAUUUUUGCGUAAAACUCAUUGCAGAGCGGUAUCCGUUUUAAUAUUUUCUGCACUCCGAAUAUCCGUUCACAGUGACAUAAUUAACCAAUGCCGCUAGCAGCGCUAUCCAAAACCGCUGGCCCAUCCAUUUCACUCCUGCCUAAACUGCAUUGCUAUCAAUAUCACUCUGACAACCAGGCAGAUUAUCCUAAAACAAAAACGUGGACGGCACCGGUAUACCGCAUGUGUCUACGGAAAUUGCAUUACGUGCAAGGCCAGUCGCCAGAGCCAAAAAUCCGGGAAUAUUUCUACUACAUAGAUCACCAGGGACAGUUAUUCCUGGACGAUGCCAAAAUUAAAAAUUUCACUUCAUGUUUUAAAGAGAAAAAAUUCCUCCAUUUCUUCACAUCGCGCUUAAAAGUAAACACCUUUGCUCCGGAGCGCUAUCCGGAGUUUCCCUAUCUCUCGCCGUGUGGUCGCGAAAGGAAUUUCGUGCGCUGUGAUGACCGUCCUAUCGUGUACACGCACUUAAUAGAAAAAGAUGGACAGCAGCGCUUGAGUUAUAACGGUGGAGGGGAUUUGCUAUCACUUGAAUUCAUUCCGGAAUUGCUGUCGAUGGAUCCCACUUCCGGGCGUGUGUAUUACCCUUCACCGCCUGAGCAAGCGGAACUGGGAAGAGCAUUAAUUAAAUCUUCGUUAGCAAUUGAGUUUAGCAAAGGUUUUGUGUUUGAGAGCGGCGACGAAAGUAGACCGCCGAAAUGGUUUAACUGGCUCGGGCAAAAACAUACACUGAAAAAUACUGACUAAAGUUCCGGCACGCGGUGUAGAUGUAUGUUUGUAUAUAAAAAAUUAUUAAA